AUGCCAGAACGGUCCUCAAAUGCUUCUUUGCUCGCUCCUACUGAAUCCCAAACCUUUGAUCGCUCCUCUUCGAAGCUUCAUCCUCAUCCCUGGUCGACUACGACACGUCAGAGUAGCAGUCCUGUCAUUCGAAGCCCCUUCCGGCAAUCAUUCCCGGCAUACUCGGCCUCAACUUCGGCUCCAAACUCACCUCCGAUGCCAGAGACGCCCUCCCGCCGCCCUCGCAUCAGCGAGCAAGAAGGUCACAAGCGAGGCGAAUCGCACUCUUCACCUGUCCCAGUCAUCGUUCGUGCUCCUCAGGACCCAGAUUCUGAAGGUUCUGGUCGGCAGCCUCAAGCCCACGCUCGACCUCACUCUCGUGGCACUUCACCAUUUCCUCGCCUCAGUGAUGGGUCCGAUGCCAACAAUGGUCCAAACCGGAAUCAGAAUCGUCGCUCAGUCAAACACCUGACAUGCUUCUGGUGGUGGGAGAAAGGCGAGUGUCGUUACUCUGAUGAAGAAUGUCUGUACUCUCACUACGACACUGGCCGUUAUACGAAUCCCCCCAGACAAGUCAUCCCCGGAGAACCGGCCAAAGCAGGAAAAUCGCUCGAGCGCGCUCUGAACAAAUUGGCUAUGGCGACCCGGUCGACUGUGUCGCUGCCGUCUCUUCCGAACGCCACUGUCAAUGCUAACGUCCGUGUCACUACGGCCCCGUCCGUGCCAGAGACACCAAUUGUCGACCGCAGCCGUUCCAGCACCCCUUCACCUCUGGAAAUCGGACAGGUCACUCAACUCAAAGCAGAUAACGGCUUCCUGCGCACCUUGGUUCAGCAGACACAGCGUGAGAAGCGCGCACUUAUAGACUCCAUCGAGACUCUUCAGGGCGAAAAGACCCGUCUCCAGACCCAGAUUGACACCAUGACCACUGAGCGCAGCAAUCUGCUUGUCGAGCGUGAAGUCCUCCAAGCCAUUGUGAAGGAGAUGCGAUUUUCUACUUCAGACUCCCUGAUGCUCCAGCGUCAAAGCCCUUGGGGUGCUAUUGGAAGCCGACGAACUAGUCCAGUCGACAGCAUACCACAAAGAAAUUCCAACGGAGGCCCCACUAACACUGCCGGCUCCAGUGGCCGUCUCGCCGCGACCAGCAACGGUGGCAACAUGUCCGUGGGCCCGGUCUCAGCAUUGAAUCCCAUCGCAACUCCGUACACAAAAUAUGCAGAUGUCCAGCUCCACCUUGCACAACAGAAAAUCAACAUCCACUCCAUUGGCGACGCCCAUGAAGGAGAGAAGCUCAAGAAUGUGCUGAGGAAUUUGGGCUCAAGUUUCUGA